AUGUUGACUGUUCAAAUUUUGGGAGUAAAUAACAACUUUCAAGCAUAUUUAGACUCUCACCAGCUAAAUGAACAUCCUUCUAGAACGCCCCGUGUUAUUAAUCCGUUGAGUAGCAGCGUCUGUGCUGCUAACUCUGCCUUGGGACCUUUUACUAGAGUGUUGCAAAGUUCCUCCUUUUCCUGGGAUUGUUUCACUCAUCUUAAGCCUCAUCAUCUCUCACAACAGAGUACCACCAAGAGAUGGAUGUGCCGAUCAAAAGACACUGUUUCGCCUGAUGAUGAAUUCCGUUCAUCACGGAAUAUUGCAAUCAGCUUGUUCAGGCGCUAUAGGAGUUUUGUGGAACGGGGAGGAGGUGACAACUUAAAAGAGUUCAUCAGUGCUGGUGUACAUGCAUAUGCGUUAGGAUGCACAGAUGAAGGGUUAAGAACAGAACUAACGCAGUUGAAAGAUUCAGGUGCAGACAUUGAAGCUCUACAAGGAUAUGGUGGGACCACCAGUCUUAAAUACAAGAUUUUCAAUAAGGAGGUUGAUGAGUGCAUUUUAUGGUUGAGCAUCAUAUUCAUAACAAUCCUCUGCACACCACAACCUACAGUAGUUCGCUGGUCAUCCACCCCUCCUGUUUCAGAGGAAAUCAUGCUUCAGUGGAAAGGGUUUUGUGCGAUAAUCGCUAAUGCAUAUUAUGUGAGGGGGAUGGCAUGGCUUCCUGUAAAGACACUUCAACUAGAGCAAAUGGCGGUAGUGGGCUAUGCUGAAGAGCCCUCACUUGUUGCAAGCCGAAUGCAAUUAGUAUUUAGCACGCUUGAGGUCGUAAGUCCACAGUGGCCCAGAGGCUAA